UUGUAGCUCAACCUGAGAGCGCUGGGUUUCAGACUUGAGUUGCAGCAGAGAGAGAGAGAAGAAGAAGAAGAAAAUGCAAGCAGUGGCAACGAAGCUCACUCGCCGUCGCUUCCUUACGAGAGCCUUAAGCGCCGUCGCUCUCUCCUCUUCCUCUUCUCUUUCCAAAUUGCUAUCCUCCCCUGCCGGUGACUCCACAAUCAGCCACGCCACCAACACGUGUCUCACUCCUCCUCCUUGGUCCGCCACUCAGCACCGCGGCGCCAGAGUCCAAGGCGCUGACGUGAGGCCUGGCAAUGUGAUUCAGAAGAAAGAUCGUAUUUACCAGGUAAUCAAGGUAGAGCAUUCACAUGAAGGAAGAGGAAAGGCCAACAUUAAGCUGGAGCUUCGUGAUGUCAACUCUGGGAACAAGACAUCCCAAAGAUUGGGGACUGAGGAAACAGUUGAUAGAGUAUUUGUUACGUCAAAAAGUUACGUUUACAUGUGCACAGAUCGGGAUGGAAAAGUAUUAUUGAUGGAUCCUGAGACACUUGAUCAGCUCGAAGUGAAUGAAGACGUAUUUGGAAAGAAUGCUAAAUACCUACAAGAAGAAAUGAAAGUUAAAGUGGAACUGUUUAAUGGGACCCCUUUAUCUGCAUCAGUUCCAAAACAUGUAACCUGCACUAUCAAGGAAGCACAACCUCCUAUAAAGGGGAUUGCAGCAACACCUAAGGAUAAAAUAGCUACAACCCAAAAUGGCUUCAUUGUGAAAGUACCAGCUCAUAUCGUAGCUGGUGACUCUGUAGUUAUUGAUACCGAGGAUGACUCUUAUGUUAGAAGGGCCAAGGCAUGAUGCUUGAUAUAAUUGCUACAUUCUGGAGGAGAGAUGUUCAAUUUUUUUGUCUGAAUCUGGUGGAGAGGUGGAAUAUCAUUUGUGCAUUGUCUAAUUAAGAUGACCUGGCUUGUUUCCUGUAGUGAUGGAAAUACCAUAGAGAACUAUUGUAGUGACCAGUGGAGUGGUACCAUUAACCAGAUUGAUGCCUUUCCACUUUUUAAGAAGCUAUGAUGAUCAUAACGAUGUGAACAUCUCUCAGAUUUGAUAAACUAACUAUGCAGAUACGUAUAAGAAACAGCUAAUCAGCUAUGGUUAUUUCACGAAAAAAUAGUUGUCCAUUUACAUACUCAGGCCGUCGCUGUAAAUAAUAUAUUUAUGUUAC